AUGGCCCAUACCAUUCUCCUCCUCUUCUCGCAGCUAUCUCUUGUUUCAUCGGCUGUGAGAUGGAGUGGCUCUCUUGGACCGACGUCAGUUCGCAUCGCAGCUGAACCAGCCUCAUCGACGGGUCUGCUUCUGGUCUCGCAGCAUGCUUCUCUCUCUCCUCCUCUCGCGUCCUUUCAAGUCACCAGCGACAAGUUCGUGGUCGAGGUCAGCAACCUUACGAGCGACUCGCUCUACUUCUACGGCUUCGACGCCUCCGACGUGGCCUCGUUUCGCACCAGCAGCCUCGAGCACAAGCCCCUCCGCAUCGCCUUUGCCUCCUGCGCGUGGACUGGGUCUCGAAGCAAGAUCUUCUCUCGGAUUGCGCAGCUUAACCCUCCUCCGCUUGUGUUCAUCCAAGCGGGCGACCUGCACUACCAGAACAUCGCAGAGGACUCGCUCGCUCGCUUCGAAGACGCCUACCACAAGGUUCACUCUUCUCCUACCCAGCGCGAGUUGUUCAGCAAGAUGCCAAUCAUCUACAUCUGGGAUGACCAUGACUUCGGAGGGAACAACGCCAUCGGUACCAGCAAAUCAAAACCAGCAGCGCUCGCGGCCUACCGCAAGUUCGUGCCGGCGAAGCUGGCGGAGGAGGCAGAUGGAGGGGCAGCUGGGAUAUUCCAGGCGUACUCUCUCAACGGGGUGCGGGUGCUGGUGAUGGACUUGAGGUCUCAGAGCACACCCGCUCACGGCUCCACCCUCGGCCUCCAGCAGCGCCAGUGGCUCCUCCAGCAGCUCGCCAGCUGGCGCGACUACCGCCUGCUGCUGCUGGUGAGCUCGAAGCCUUGGCUGGGGGUGCAGGGGCAGGACGACUGGAGUGGGUACGCGGAGGAGCGGCAGCUGAUCUCCGACGCCAUCGCGGAGUUGGGGGUGAGGAACCUGGUGAUGGUGGCGGGGGACGCGCACAUGCUUGCGGCGGACGACGGGAGCAACACGGACUUCUCGACGCUGUCGGGAGCAGCGCGAGGAAACGCCUCCUUGCGCGCAGGCUUUCCGAUCUUCCAGGCGGCUCCUCUCUCGCAGUUGGGCUCGUCCAAGUCCGGCCCCUACUCGCACGGCUGCUUCGCCUACCGCUACUUCGUCAACCAUCAGUUCGGCGUCAUGGACGUGGACGGGGGCGACGCAUCCUCGCUAUGCGUGAGACUGCGAGGCUACCGAGACGACAAGGAGGCGGCAGAGAUCGAGAUGAAGGUGUGCGCAGACAGCGAGCACGGGCUGAUGAAGAAGGGGACGAGAACUUCUCUCUCCGCCUCCCAGUGUUCCAUCCCCUUGGCCCCGCCUGAGCUCGUGGGGACUCUGUUGGCUGGCAUCAUCCUAGAGGGCCUCCUCCUCCUCCUCCAGCUCUUCCUCUGCUUCACGGGCAGGAUGAACUGCUGCUGGGAGUGCUUCGCUUCUUUGCAGAGUCUCCUCCUCCUCUUCCGCCGAGCCCCAACGUCUCACCCGGAAGUCAACUUCAACGAGCUCGAGGACGUGCAGGUAGAGGAGAAGGCGACGCAGAGGCGGCAGCAGGCGAAGAUGUGCGCGCUGGUGUUCCUCGUCCAGCUGGCCGCCGUCAUCCUCAUCGUCGUGCCCGUCAUGUGA